AUGAAGGACGCAGCUGAGCUGCUCGGCCACAGAGACGCGUUAAAGUGCCGCCUGCCUGAUCCUAACCACUCGGAGCUGGGUCCCGGACCGGACGGAGUGGAAGGAACCACGAUGCUCCCCGGAGAAGACAUCAUCGGCAGCACGGGGUCCUCCGUGGGUCCGGUCACUAAAGAGCAGGACAAGCCUCAGCCGCAGCAGAACAACAGCAGUAACCAGAGCCAGUCCGGACAGACGCAGAAGCAGAAGCGCCACCGCACGCGCUUCACGCCCGCGCAGCUCAACGAACUGGAGCGCAGCUUCGCCAAGACGCACUACCCGGACAUCUUCAUGAGGGAAGAGCUGGCCCUACGCAUCGGCCUGACCGAGUCCCGCGUGCAGGUGUGGUUCCAGAACAGACGGGCCAAAUGGAAGAAGCGCAAGAAGACCACCAACGUGUUCCGUUCCCCGGGCACGCUGCUGCCCACGCACCACGGUCUGCACCAGUUCAAUUCAGCGGCCGCAGCUGCCGCGGCAAUGGGCGACAGUUUGUGCUCUUUCCACGCCAAUGACACGCGCUGGGCCACGGCGGGGAUGCACGGAGUCUCGCAGCUGCAGUUACCCCCUGCUCUAGGUCGCCAGCCCGGCAUGGCUCAGACCCUGUCGCAGUGCAGUCUGGGUGCCGGACCCCCGCCCAACUCCAUGGCCCUUUCCAACAUGUCGUCCAACGGCUCCGGGCUGCAGUCGCACCUCUACCAGCCCACCUUCCCCGGGAUGGUGCCCGCCUCGCUGUCCGGUCCCACGAACGUCACGGGCUCCCCUCAGUUGUGCAGCUCCCCGGACAGUGACGUCUGGAGGGGCACAAGCAUCGCGUCUCUGCGCCGCAAAGCGCUGGAGCACACAGUGUCCAUGAGCUUCACCUAG